AUGAGACUCCGUCGCCUCGUGGAGACCAAACCCAGUGGCAAAUGCCAUGUGGACGAGGUGACCCGGCAAGACUACAACAACACAGAGCGGAGAGAGUGGCUGGAGUUGGCACUAUGCAGCGCAAUCCAGAAAUUUGGGCCUGACCGAAAGAACUUCAAGAAGAUCAGGGCAGAGUUCCUGACCCGUGUCGUGGUCGUCCGAGAACGCAUGGCCCUUCGCGAGCAGGAAGUGCACGGGACCUGGUGCACUGAGGCCAAGCUGACUUCUCAAUCAACGCCCAGAAAGGUCCAUCCAGAUUUUGUUUAUCAGAAUCAGACUUGA